AGGGUGUGUACGACAUUACCACACACUCUCAUUAGCACACUUCUCCUUCCUGGAGCUCUAUACAGGUGUCAGUAAUACAGGUCCUCCGCUGCUGACGUGACAUAUACAAAGAUUUACAUUCAGACCAUCAGAUCCACGCGCGAGCUGACCGGUGGUUGUGUUCCUGUCUCUGGUGACAGUGAUGGAGUAUUGAGCUGUUUCGGGGUAAAGGAAGCGUUUGUGAGAGAUUGAAGAUGCUUCAGCAGAUACUCACUGACAUGUUCAUCGAUCCUGAUCUGCUCUCAGAGCUCAAUGAAGAGCAGAAACACGUUCUGUUCCUUAAGAUGAGAGAAGAACAGAUCAGAAGAUGGAGAGAAAGAGAAGUGAGACUGGAGAAGGAAGAAGCUGCACGUGUGAAAGUGAAAAAAGUUUCAGGGAAGAGUGUGUCGUUUCUGAAGGGUCUGGACGAUGACGUCUGGGUUUGGGUGAUGGGAGAACAUUCUCUUGAUAAGCCGUACGAUCAGAUCUGUGAUGAGAUUCUGGCGGAGAGCGCGGCGCUGCAGGCACAGAGAGAAGCACAACACAUCAGGGCUAAGAAAGAGGCGGAGCUGGAGAAACGCUUCUCAGGGGUUUAUCUGGACUCAGAGCAGACUGUGACGGAGCAGAAGAACAUCACAGAACAGAGACGAGCCGAGGAGGAACUCAAGAAGCGAGAGACGGAGGAGAGACGUCGAGCUGAAGAAGAGCUCCGGCGGCUGGAGCUGGAGAGAAAACAGCAGAUUUAUAUGAGUCUGAAGGAGGUGCAGAAGAAGAAACAGACUCGUGAAGAUGAGGACAACGACUGGAAGCAGACACUGAAGAAGUCAAAAGCUGCAGACAUGCGCAGACGCUCUCUGGCCAAACAGACGGUUGAGGAUCACCGCAGACGUUCGGUCAAAGCUCUGGAGAGAGGACGAGUUGCAGCCGUGACGAAAGCCUUCGGCAGAGGAAACCCAAACCCAACCCAAACCCCAACCCCGCCACCAAAACCCAAACCCAGAAACAACCCCACCCAACAGAAACCAGGAAUCCGUCGCUCACUGUCAGCGUCUGGUCGAGAACACAUCAUCCGCUGGUUUCAGGAGGAGCAGUUACCCCUCAAGGCCGGUUUUCAACAGGACCAGAGCCGCAUCGCCCCCUGGUUUCACGGUAUCAUAUCACGGGACGAGGCAGAGGCGCUGUUGAACGAGGGUCUGCCCGGUCACUUUCUAGUGAGGGUCAGUGAGCGAGUGUUUGGAUAUGUGCUGUCAUACCGGUUCGGUGAGGGAAUCAAACAUCUGCUCAUUGAUGCUUCAGAGAACUGCUACAUGCUGCUGGGAGAUCAGAUGAAGUUCACGUCACUCGAUGAGCUGGUGGAAUAUCAUCAGGUGGAGCCGCUGCCCCCGUCUGGAGAUGAAUAUUUACUGCACGCCUGUGGACAGAGAGCCGGUGCUGUAGACUACACAGAUUUAUUCACCUGAAGACGUCACACACACAUGGACAGAUGAAGGAUCUUCUGCUUUGAUUCUGUAAACACACAGCCGCACCGCACUGAGACAUCACUGAAGAAAACACCUCUCACCACACACAUAUGCUCAUGUGCAUAUCUACGUCUUUGAAUUUAGAAAUGUGCUAACAGCUAAUGUUAAUGCACAUUUACAGUCAGGUUAUUUUUCUUCUCUUAUCAUAUUUGUGUACUGCUACAGUUCUUGAUCAUUUCAUAAUGAUGUCUGUAAACACUCCUGAUGUAUGACCGAGUCAACAACUGAUCAUCUCUGUAUCCAUAUCACACCUUUAUGAAGUUUGGUUGUUAUAUGAAAAGUUUUCCAGUGUCAUUUUGUUUAUUUGCAUAAAAACAACCUGGUGAGUAGAAAUCAAUACAAAUAUGUAACUGUUAUAUUGAUAAAGCACAAUAUAACAUGCUGUAUUCUUCACGCAUCAGUCAAAAUGAUAAAAACUAUUCUGUAAUACAAAAAUCACAUUUGACUUUAAUAUAUUAAAAGCAUUGAUUAAACAGAA